AUGCUUGGGAAGUAUCAAGAUGCAGAGGCGCUCUACCGGCAGACGCUUAAGCUACAGACGCAAGUGCUCGGCGCCGAGCAUCCCGACAUGCUCGCCAGCAUGAACAACCUCGCGAUCUCACUUCACACCCAGGGGAAGUACAAGGAGGCCGAGGCACUCUACCGGCAGACGCUUAAGCUACAGAUACAAGUGCUUGGCGCCGAGCAUCCUGACACGCUCACCAGCAUGAACAACCUUGCAAACUCGCUUUACAACCAGGGGAAGUACGAGGAGGCCGAGGCGCUCUACCGGCAGACGCUUAAGCUACAGACGCAAGUGCUCGGCGCCGAGCAUCCCGACACGCUCGGUAGCAUGAACAACCUCGCAAACUCGCUUCGCGACCAGGGGAAGUACGAGGAGGCCGAGGCGCUCUCCCAGCAGACGCUUAAGCUACAGACGCAAGUGCUUGGCGCCGAGCAUCCCGACACGCUCAUGAGCAUGAGCAACCUCGCGAUCUCGCUUUACACCCAGGGGAAGUACAAGGAGGCCGAGGCGCUCUACCGGCAGACGCUUAAGCUCCGGACGCAAGUGCUUGGCGCCGAGCAUCCCGACACGCUCGGUAGCAUGAACAACCUUGCAAACUCGCUUUACAACCAGGGGAAGUACAAGGAGGCUGAGGCGCUCUCCCGGCAGACGCUUAAGCUCCGGAUGCAAGUGCUUGGCGCCGAGCAUCCCGACACGCUCGGUAGCAUAAAUAACCUCGCAAACUUGCUUGACGACCAGGGGAAGUACGAGGAGGCUGAGGCGCUCUCCCGGCAGACGCUUAAGCUCCGGACGCAAGUACUCGGCGCCGAGCAUCCCGACACGCUCAUGAGCAUGAGCAACCUCGCGAUCUCGCUUUACACCCAGGGGAAGUACAAGGAGGCCGAGGCGCUCUACCGGCAGACGCUUAAGCUCCGGACGCAAGUGCUUGGCGCCGAGCAUCCCGACACGCUCACUAGCAUGAACAACCUUGCAAACUCGCUUUACAACCAGGGGAAGUACAAAGAGGCUGAGGCGCUCUCCCGGCAGACGCUUAAGCUCCGGAUGCAAGUGCUUGGCGCCGAGCAUCCCGACACGCUCGGUAGCAUAAAUAACCUCGCAAACUUGCUUGACGACCAGGGGAAGUACGAGGAGGCUGAGGCGCUCUCCCGGCAGACGCUUAAGCUCCGGACGCAAGUACUCGGCGCCGAGCAUCCCGAUACGCUCAUCAGUAUGAGCAACCUUGCAAACUCGCUUAACAACCAGGGGAAGUACGAGGAUGCUGAGGCGCUCUCCCGGCAGACGCUUAAGCUCCGGACACAAGUGCUCGGCGCCGAGCAUCCCGA